AUGGCUUCAGAUAAUACUGCCCUGAAGAAGGAUAACGAAGGGUCACCGGUUUCACCCACACCUUCUCUCGUAUCAGAAGACAUCCCACCUUCUGUGAUGGCUAUUUCCAACUUAAGAUGCCCCUCACCCCCUCCUAUACUUACGAAUAGCUCACUGAGGCCGGCGACUGCUACUCCACCGAACAUAACUUUGUCUAACUCUUCAGGGAAAGUUGUUCAGCAUCCACAUAGAGAAACUAUAGUGGCUGGUGGGGCUGUUUUGAAUGAUAAAGAACAAAGUGCGAAGCAAGGAGCGAGCGAUGGUGAUUUGAAUUCUAAAGAAGUCAAAGAUAUUAAGCAAUCUGGAAAGGCAGGGCCAUCCUCAGAUAAUACUCUCCCUUUAUUAGAAAAGAACUUAGAAAGACAUAAUAAGGGCUUAGGAGGUAAGGAUAAGCAACUUUCUAAACCUCCCGAAAGCAACUCGCACCGCAAGCAGCCUUCCGUGCAUGCGCAUUUCUAUGUUGAUGAGACUCUUAGGCCUGGUAAAGUAAUCAAUAGAUCCAGAAGUGGUUCUGGUAGUGGCUCUGAUUUCCUGUCUAACUCUGGAAAUGUCAUUAGGGGACCGACGAGUGCAAACUUGGAUAAAAUCUUGGGCAACAGUGCCAAAAACACAUCUCCUCCUCCCGCUUUAGGUAGUCAAAAAUCAGCUACUCCAAAUGAGCAAUCUAACAUAGAUCCCCGGCUUCCGCAGGAUGAUGGGAAGCUUCAUGUUCUUUUUGGUGUAUGUGGUGCGUCAUCAACAGUCAAGGUAAAGUUGAUAAUUAACAAAUUAUUCGAAAUUUACACUUCUGAUAAAAUAUCUAUUCAAAUAAUAAUGACAAAGGCAAGCGAAAAUUUCAUAUCCCCAGAAAUCAUAAAUCAUCUUGAGAAUGUUAAGCAGAUACGAGUCUGGAGAGAUUCUGAUGAAUGGACAACUUGGAAAUCUCGUUCGGAUCCUGUUUUGCAUAUUGAAUUGCGUCGCUGGGCUGAUGUCCUCAUUGUAUGUCCAUUGACUGCAAAUACAUUGUCUAAGAUUUCGCUUGGGUUGUGCGAUAAUUUAUUAACAAACGUCAUACGAGCAUGGAAUACUUCAUAUCCUAUUUUAUUGGCACCUUCAAUGGUUAGUUAUUCGUAUAAUGCUAUAACCACGAAGCGCCAGUUAAAGCUAAUUGCGGAGGAAAUGCCUUGGAUCGAAAUUUUGAAGCCUUCAGAGAAAGUCAUAGGUAGUUAUGGCGAUAUUGGAAUGGGUGGUAUGGCUGAUUGGAAUGAGAUUGUUAACAGAAUAGUUCUCAAAUUAGGUGGCUAUCCUGAGGAAGAAGACGACGAUGAUGACUAUGACAAUGAAAAUGAUAAUUCCAAAAUAAAUGGGCAUAAGAAGGGGUCAGAUGAAGACGAUGAAGAAGACGAUGACGAUGACGAUGAUGAUGACGAUGAUGACGAUGACGAUGAUGACGAUGACGAUGAUGAAGAUGAAGAUGAAGAUGAAAUCAGCAAAGAAGAAAAAGCUACUUCAACAGAACCACCAGGCUCAACCCCAAUUGUAAAGAUAGAUCGUUUAAGCGUUAAGGAAGAACCACAUGUGUCGACAUAA